UUCAGCGGGACGUUGGGGAGGAGUGCGGCCCGGGACAGAGGUGGAGGGAGCAAAGCCGGAUUAGGACAGAGGCGAGCGGAGAGGCAAAGUGCGGAGCGCGAGAAGAAGGCCCUUUUGAGUUCCCCCAGCUUUUGGUCAGAGGAGAAGCCAUGGUCCGUCCGCUCUGCCUGCUGCUCUGCGCCUUCUCCCUGACUUGGGGCGAGAUCUUCCGCUUCAGCCUGGACGAGGAGGAGCCCCCCGGGACGGUGUUUGGCAUCCUCGUGGAAGAGAUGCACAAGAAGCUGGGUUCUGCCGUCGUCGGGAGUUUCCGCCUGCUGAAGCCUCCGGGCAACGGGUCCCUGGUGCGCGUGCGGGAGCGGGACGGGCAGCUGAGCCUGGGGCCGGAGCGGCUGGACCGGGAGGCGCUGUGCGGGGCCUCGUCGGCGUGGUGCGCGCUCUCCUUCGACGUGGUGUGCCUGGGGGGCGCGGGCUCCUCGUCGCCGUACCAGGUGCUGCAGGUGGAGCUGGAGGUGCGGGACGUGAACGACCACGCGCCGCGCUUCCCGCAGGCGGAGGUGUCCCUGGAGGUGUCGGAGGCGGCGCUGCCGGGGACGCGGCUCCCGCUGGGGCUGGCGCUGGACCCGGACGCGGGCGCCAACGGGGUGCAGAGCUUCGCGCUCUCGCCCAACCGGCACUUCGGGCUGGAGGCGCCGCGCCGCGCGGACGGGCUGAAGGGCGCCGAGCUGGUGCUGCUGGCGCCGCUGGACCGCGAGGCGCAGGCCUCCUUCCGCCUGGAGCUGGUGGCCAAGGACGGCGGGAGCCCCGCGCGGUCCGGCACGGCCACCCUGGCCCUGCGCGUGCUCGACGCCAACGACAACGCGCCGGCCUUCCCCCGCGGGGGCGCGCCGCGGCUGCUGGAGCUGCCCGAGGACGCGCCGCCGGGCGCCUUGCUGCUGGAGCUGGGCGCCGCCGACCCGGACGAGGGCGCCAACGGGGCGCUGCUCUACGCCUGGGGCAGCCAGGUGGGGGCCGAGGCGCGCGCCCUCUUCGCCCUCGACCCGCUCUCCGGCCGACUCAGCCUCCGCGCCGCCCUCGACUACGAGCGCCAGCGCGCCUUCGAGCUCGACGUCCAGGCCUCCGACCGCGGCGCCUCACCGCUCCGCGCCGCCUGCAAGGUCCUCGUCCGCCUCCUCGACGUCAACGACAACGCCCCCCAGAUCGACCUCCGGCCCCUCCGCAGCCGGGCCCAGGAAGAGGGAGACGGAGGAGAGGGAGAAGAGCGGGGCCCCGACGGAGAGGAGGUCGCCUACGUCAGCGAGGCCGCCCCGCCAGGCAGCCUGGUGGCCCUGGUCAGCGUCUGGGACCGCGACUCCGGCGCCAACGGGCAAGUGAGCCUCUCCCUGGUCAGCCCCGAGGGAGGCAAGGAGGGAACCCCGCCGCCCUUCACCCUCCGCCCCGCCCACGAGGAAGACGACGACGAGGAGGAGGAAGAUGAUCCGGGCCAGGAGGAAGGCCAGGAGCCCGGCAAGGAGCGCGGGCGCAGCUUCCUGCUGCUGACGUCGGGGCCUCUGGACCGGGAGCGCGUGCCCGAGUACAACCUGACGCUGCUGGCCCAGGACCGCGGAUCGCCCCCCGCCCGCUCCACGCGCCGCCUCUCCGUCCGCCUCGCCGACGAGAACGACCCGCCGGGAGCCUCCUCGGUAGAGCCUUUCUCGGCGGCGGUGCCCGUCGAGGACGGAGGGAAUCCCUCGCUGACUUCCACGGCGGCGCUGCCGCUGAUUCCCAUGGAGCGGCUGCCCCCUGGCGUCGGAAUAAUAGACCUUCAUUUGGAGCUCUCCAUGGUGCUGAUCUGGGUCUUGGCCGGAGCCUGCGGCGUGCUGCUGGUCGCCAUCCUCCUGGUGGGCGCCUCCCUUUGCAAAAGCAGAAGGAUCCUUCGCAAAGGAGGGAUGUCUCUGAAACAGAAGGGAGCCCAAAGAGGCCAGAAGCGCGCCUUCUCUCUUGGACAGCAUGGCCCCAUGGACACACAUCCAGGACCUAGCCCUGCUGAUCCUUUGGGAGAAGAAGGCAGCAGAGAUGACUUGUGUGGGGCAGAGAGAGGCCUCCCUAGUUCUACCUCCCAGGGUCAAGGUGUGACAUCUCAUCUACUCUCAUCUGUAUGGGACGUGGGCCAAACAGCUUCGAGCUUCAGUGACCAUUCAGCUUUGGAUCAAUUGAGUGGGAAAGACAGUGGAAAAGGAGACAGUGAAUGCAAUGACUGUGACUCGGACUGUAGUCGGGAAGGACUGAAGAGGCCCUCAGCAAGAAAGACUGAGCAGCCUGCUGGAGCUGCUGCCUUUAACAAAGCAAUAUUGUUCAGAGAUGUAAACAAUGGCAGUGGAUCGCAUGGUCACUCAUCUUCAAGGGGCAUGCCUUUUCCAUCUCAUCAUGAACAUGGAGGCACAAUUGACUGUUCUGAAGCUCAGCAUUAUAGAUAUCAUCCCCAACUCAAGAAAACCCAUUUUCACCCUGAGUUGCUGAUGCAAAAUGAAGGCUACUCUCAAGCUGAAAUAUUACAGAGCAUCUAUGAUAAAGUACUUAAGGAAAGGACAACACUGACUAGGACUCCAAGACUGUGCAAAGAAUUAACCUUUCCUCCACAGAGAUCUUUAUCUACCAAUGUCUCUGAGAUAGCAACAUCAUUUUGAUAUAGCAAGAUAAAAAUGUUCCAUCCUGGAUCCUGGUUGAUAGCAUUUGUAGGUUGACGUCAGUGGAAACACUAAGCAUGUACUCACGGAAAUAAUCAGGUAUCAAACUAACUUGGCAUUGGCUCUAUUGUGCCUAUAUGUAAAAACUACUGUCUGAAACUUACAUAAGUGGUAAU